AUGUUCUGGCGCUUCGGGUUCCAUGGGACCAAUAAUAUAGAUAAUUUACUCAACCAGGAAGAAGUAUCUUUGGAAGCAAUUUUGGAUCACGAUGACCUCCUAUCCGAAUGCAAGCAACAAAACCCGCGCCUCAUUGAUUACCUGCAGCGCCCCGAGGUCUUGCAAAGACUAUUUGCAUAUGUUACGGGGGAAAUCGUUUCAGAGGGGCGAGGCAGCUUCAAAUACCCUUAUGUAUCGGCUGAAGUUUUAUGUUGCGAAAUAUGGAGCAUCGUAGAAAGGUGCACGGAGAAUUCGGCCCAAAUCUUGGCGCCCUUUUGGGAUACUGUCCUAUCUAUGCCCCCCGACGAACUUAGAACGAAAGCAUCCGUGGCAGCUCAUUUCGCUAAAAUUAGUGGGACGUUUUUGAUGAAGAAGCCAGAAGAGAUGCUCGCAUUUAUCAAGUCUAUCCCAGACGUUGUCAAUAGGUUGUUGUCGCAUAUCGAGUCUCCCCCAUUCGUGGACCUCUUGUUCCGUAUCAUUCAACUGGACGAGAGCCCUGGGAAUAUUGGGGUUAUGGAGUGGUUAUCCUCCCAAAACUUCAUUCCUAACAUUGUGGAUCGGCUAUCUCCCAGAUACCCGCCUAGCGUUCACCUUGUCGUCGCUGAGUUGCUCAAAGGCAUCAUCUCGGUCGCUUCGCCCUCUCCAGGAAGCUUCAAUCUCACUGGGCCACAAGAUAGCGGGCCAACGGGUCCGGUAACGAACAGAUUUGUACGCGAACUUGCUUCGACUAACAUUGUGGAGAUUAUGGUUGGUUUUAUGCUGGAUGAGGCGCCUUUUGGUCACCCGGUCGAGGAAGUAUUGCAGGCAGCCGAACAAAGGCAGAGAGAUGCGCCCAAAGAAGUCACACUUACAGUUCCGUCUGGUUUGGCCGGUCCUCCUGGUAUUGGACCCCGACCGACAGUGCCUACACCUACACCGCCCUCGGAAUCUACCUCUUCUCAAGUUGAACCUCUCUUGCUUCCAAAUGCCGAGAGUGCGACCUCUUCGGUAACACAUAUCGUGUCCAUAUUCGUGGAGCUCAUCCGCAAGAACAAUUCUGACUACUUUGAACCAUACUUGUUCCACACGUUGCGAAACCGACUAAUGCAAAUACAGCAACAACAUCUUGACGAAAUGCACGAGCUAGGCCUUGAUAUGGACGAUGAGCGUGUUCAAGAGGAAAGAGAACGGGAACGACUGGAGCGGGGUAUGGCAGAUAUGGUUGACCACCUUGGCAUCGUACAUUUGGGAAGGUUCCUUCGUAUCCUAGCGAAACGUCUACCAGAUUUUCAGGAACUGCUUCGAAGACCGCGUUCAUUGAAUGGCUACGUCCUGACUUCGGUUGGGCAGCUCGUGCCUCUGACCCUUGAACGCUUUCGCAUUAUCGAGCUAUAUGCCGAACUCCUUCAUUGCUCAAACAUGUCUCUACUAAAUCGUCGUCGUGGAUUUGGGCCAACCUACGACGAACAUGGGCGCCUGACGGGAGGGCUAGACGCAUUGGAGCAACUGGCAAGAGUAAUCGAUCCAAAUGUCAGCAGCGAUGCAAUGAUGGAUCAAUCUCUUGACUCUGAUACGGUACAAGACACCAAGGAGCCCCCAGCUUCUUCAGCAUCUACUGAUUGUAGUUCAUUGACAUCAGAAGAUGGGGUCAGUGUGGAUGAUGAGCACACCGAUCUUGAGGAAGACUUGGCAUCAUCGCGGGGGUCAACCAUGAGUGCAUCUGCCCAGCCAUCCUCUAACUCUUCAGCGCCGCCCCAAGGUCCUCCAACGGAUGCAGUACAGAGUGAUUCUGUAGAGAUAGAUCCCUUCUCCGAUCCCGAAUCAGCCGUAGGGUCAAUGGAUAUGAGCACGCCCAGAACAGAUGUAUCGAGCUCCAAUACGAGCACUGUCCGGCAUAGCCCAAUCGCCGAACACUAUGGCGCGAUGCCUGAUCGAAGUGCAUUCGAGCCUUCAGGGGAUAUAUUGAAGCAACAGAUGAUUGACCUCAAUGUUGUUUCGACGAUCCUGGACUUCUUCUUUGAGUUCCCUUGGAAUAACUUCCUUCACAAUGCCGUUUAUGACCUACUUCACCAAAUUCUUACUGGGCGAGUUGACAACGAACUCAGCCGCCGGGUUACAAUUGGGAUGUUUCGAGAUGCUAGACUAGUCUACAGGAUCCUCGAAGGCUCGAGGCGCAAUGACGCAGUAGCUGGACAGCAGAAAGGAUUACGUUUGGGCUAUAUGGGUCAUCUUAUUCUAAUUUCUGAUGACAUCGUUGCGGCACUUGAACAUUAUCCCCAUAGCUUAUUGGAGGCUUUGUCACCCUAUGUCCCCCAGCCUGAUUGGGACAAUUUUGUAGCUGGUCAAUACAAGGAAACCAAAGAACGCGAUACAAGUCAACUUGGAGGUGGAAAGCCCGCCGUCUCUGCAAUGGGCAUCGGGAUCGGCCGUGGUGGCCCAGUUGGAGGUCUUCCUACAAACCGUUUCGGAGACACACCUAGCCCACGUAUAGAAUCGGCCGCUGGUCGAGGAAUAGGUUCUGUUCCGCGAGAGGUUCGAGGAGGUGCAGACUUUGGACCUGCUGAACCAGAUGACACACUCAUACCAAGUGACCCGAGUCCUGAUGUAACCGAGCAAGCCAAGUCUAAUCCAUUUGACGCUACUCCCGUGUCUGACGAAGAUGAGGACGUUGCUGACUCUACGUGGGCUUCGUCUCAUCAUGCAUCGGGAGAUUUUGAUCUCAAUGCCACUCAAACUGUGGCUAACAAAAGUGCACAAGAUCCAUUUGAGACGUCUGAUCCAAUCACGUCUGUGUCCCAAUUCUCAACCAUUUUCAAAGAUGAGGAUGACGAUGAUGUGAGCUGGGGUCCUUUUGCUGACCCGACUGGUCCAAGGUCAAGUCUGCAGCCCAGUUUCGAUGACGAAGAUGACGGUUUCGGAGACUUCCAGACUUCAACCGCUGAUUCGUCUUCAUUCGAGGAUUCAUUUAAUGGUGUCAAGCCAGUGAUAGCCACUAACCUCAGUGGGCAAAUUCAAGAAGCUGUUGACGAUACUAUGGAAGAACCAACAACCCCCAAGGCUUCAGACAGACGUCUUUCCUCCAGCUUUGAAACGAUCGACAAGCCAGACCAAGACGAGCCUUGGAAUUCCGUCUGGCCCAGUCCUGAUACCACCACAGCCGCUGAAGAUUCGACCUCGAGCAAAGCUACGUCUGAUGCGGUGGCUGACGCAAUGACUUCGCGUAUUGUACCUCGGUAG